GCGCCUCUCCUAUAAAUACAAAUGACACAAAUAAAGCACUGGUUUACAGGCUACCUUUCCCAAAGACCUGGAAACUCAACGGCUUAGACAGGGAACUACAUUUCCCAGAAAGCAAAGGGAAGCUUGGUACACGGUAUCCAUAGCUACCGUCAACAGUGUUUGCCUUAAAGCGGAAGAGAAAAAGAUAGGUUAUGAUUUAAUCCUGUCAAAUCUUGAAGGAUCCAGGAAAUCACCCUCAGGAUCUGUGUUGACGUUGGCAUAUACAGUACAAACCCAGCUUAGCUAGGCUUCUUUGGUACGGUGACAAUCAGCACCUCGAAUGGCAGAAGGCAAUGUUGUCUGUUUUCCUGCUGUGGUCUUCAAACAACAGCAACAAGACAGUGAGGAUAAUCAGAAGACAUUUACUGUACUGCCCAUUAGAGUGAACUUCCAUCAGUUACUCCGGAUGUCUUCUGCACCAUCUGUCGUUCCACAGGUGCAGAAUGGUGAUAUCCUGAGUGCAGUCAUUGCACUUUAUGAUGUCUGCCUGCCUGACGUGGGACCAGAAGACCUGUACUCCACUGUCCACUCCUCCACAGCCAGCACUAUUGUAUUGGUCCGCCAGCACCAAGACGUUCUGGAUGAAUAUAGACAGCGGGCCCAGUUUCCCAUCCGCACUGACGCCACCACUCUCCAGGUGUACAAGGAGCCAGGGGAGGAGACACAAGGACGGUUCUCUCAAGUAUUCAGUGAUGCGGAGUGCAGCACAGAUGAUGAAGAUGAGUCAGAGGAGGACUCUAACAGGCAAGACUGGGAGAAGUUCAACGAUGAAUUGAAUCAGUUCAUCUUGAAGGCGACGCAAAGGCGAUCCCAGAGGCUCCAAGUAUCGCAGGAGGAGGAGAUUCCACCAGCCGCAGUAGGGGUCGAGUCCCUGAUAGUGGCUGCAGCCACAUAUGAAAUGAAGCGACUGAAGACCAGAGAGAAGGUGCUGCAGUUGGCUCUGCUCUCUACUAGAAAGAAAUACCGGGGAUGUGGAGUGGGCCGGUACCUCCUUGAGUUGCUGAAAGACCAGUCCAUCUCUGGUUCCUAUGAUGCUCUCCUUGUCCAUGCUGACAGCGAAGCUGUUCAAUUUUUCUCCCACUGUGGGUUUACCAAUGACAUCCUCCUCAACAGCAAGUUUAGAGAACUGGAGGAUGACUGGACCAACACCACAAUGAUGAGCUACCUUCCACCUUUCUCCACUGAAGCUGAAAGCCAGAACCCUGGACUGACAUUAAGCCUGGUAGAGAUGGAACUGGAGAUGGAGCUUUGGAGAGAGAAGUCUUUGGCAGCUUACCAGGAGCAGGCAGCCCUUAUGAACAGGCUCGUCCACGAAGUUAAUCUUUUAAGGACACAGCUGGUCUCGCAGAAGGAGCUGGUGGACAGCCUGAGCAGGGAGCUGGACAGAGAGAGAGAGCACCGGCAUACAAUCGAGUCCUGCUUCCUGGAAUACAGGCUGAAGACGACAAGACAGUUCCUAGAGAUGACCAGCCUCAACUCAGACUCAGAUGAGAAAUGCCAGAGUGACCAUCCUGACUAUCCAGGAGUGUGUUCCUCGAUGGAGGAGGAAUUUGAGGACAUGAAAACAGUUACGGAACCAAGAGAUUGCUCAGUGCCAUUUUAGAGCCAGGCUGUGUCAGCAGCUGGGAAGUGGCCUCUGCCAGACCAGUGCCAGUGAGAUUUGAGGAAGUGUGUGGGAGUGCACAGCAGGAGCCUUGAUGAAGUUCCCUGAAGGAGGUUUGGAAUCAUUCUAAGCAGGAACAGAAUGCAUGUGAAUAUAGUGUAAUCCUGGAGGUCUCUCACAACCUUCUCUUCCUUGCAUCAACUGCUGGUUGUUAUCUUGCAUCCAUUUGUUUUGUCUCUUUUACUGUAUAUAUUUUUUCUUUUUUUAUUUCAAUACACACAAUGCUAUGAAAUUUAUUAUGCUAUGAGCGUGUUUAUACUGUAUGCGUAAGAUCGGAGUUUAUGUCAACUGUUUCUGCUUGUUUAUUUUUUAAUGUAUUUCCUUAAAAAUAAAUUUAUUUAAUAAUGA